UUAACAGAGCCAGUACCGCUCAGUUCAAAGUUUCCAGCCACGCAACAAGGUGCGUGAGCUUUUGUACACCUCGAAGAACUCGAUUUUGUCGUUCGUUCAAACAUUAAAUAAAUGUUUGAACUGAUAAAGAUUCCUAGUACUAAUCGUGACGGCAAGUUCUUGAUGGUACUGCGUUAUCGGUACUCGUCCUCUGAUAAUAUGUGAAUCUUUUGCCGGUUUUUGUGUCAAGUGAUUGGGAAAAAAUUACCGUUUUGACGAACUGAAAUUUAAAAAUGAGUCGCAAGCUCAGUAUCACGACGUAUGCACCAGCAGAGGUGGCCUACAAAGGUUACAGGUUCCUGAUCACCAUGAAACCCAGCAACGUGUCCAUGGUGGAUUAUGUCAGGGAGAUGAAGAAUCAUAACGUUAAAGCUGUGGUGAAACUAUGCGAAGAAGGCUACGAUGUCAAAAAGCUCAACGAAAACGGAAUAUCAGUUCUGGACCUGUCCUUUCCAGAUGGUAAACCACCACCAGACUCUAUUAUAGAAGAAUGGUUCAAAGUAUUAAGGAACACUUUCACUGACAACAAGGACGCUUGUGUGGCUGUUCAUUGCGUCUCAGGGUUGGGCAGAGCCCCAGUUUUGGUGGCCAUAGCCCUGAUAGAACUAGGCCUCAAAUACGAAGAAGCUGUGGAGUUGAUCAGGUCCAAAAGACGAGGGGCAAUCAACACCAAACAGCUUGAAUUUCUGGAGAAAUACAAGCGGAAGCAUAGACUGAACGGAUCACAGAAAAAAACAUGUAUUUUGUUGUAAAAAAAUAAUGGGAUCCGUGAGAUUUUUUUAUUGAAAAUUUUGUGACAUACUGUGCUGUCUUUUAACUUAGACAAGGAUAUUUUUAGCGCUAAAUAAUUGUGUUUUUACUUCGUUUUGUUGAUAGAAAAACUUUUUAAAAUUGUUUGUAUAAUAUUGACGUUGCAUGUUACGUUCACGAUAAGUUAAAAGACAGUUUAGAAUACUUCUGAAUGUUUUUUUUUAUCUGUAUGACGCUCAUGUACAUAGAAUGUUUUUGAGAUGAUUAAUAGAAACGGUUUACAAUAUUUUGACAGAAAAUGUUAAAAAACUUGUCUUUCUAUAGGGUUAACGUUUGAAUAAAAAAAAUUAAGGAAGGACCAUAUCAAAAAACUUAGUUCGAUAGCGAUGGGGAUCAAAAAUGGCCGACUUAAAUUCCGGUUUAUCAUAUUCCGUUCAAAUUGUAUUCAAAACGUGUAAAAAUAUGAUUUAGGGUAGACUCAGUAAUUUGUUGUUUUAUUUUACGUUGUCAAUAAAUGUAUGGUAGUUACUAAAAUUGUUAUAAAAAUAUAUAAUUUUAAUAAAAAUAGAUAAGUUAUAAUAAUUAUUUAUUAACACAAACAUACGAUACGCUACUGAAGCAAAUAAUUCAAAUUGAAGUAUCUAAAUUCCUUGACAAGUAGUAAAAAUAAAAGCAAAAAUGCAAGAAAAAAUACAGAAUUAGUUAGUUUUAAGUGAAUUUCAUAAAUGAUCGGUUUACCUAAAGUAUGUAUAUUAUAUAGUCACUUACUAGCGAAAAGUUAUUCCAUUAUUUUCCUCGAUUUUUGACCGAGAUCUACCGCACGCUACACAACCAUCAAUUUUACAGUUUUUUUUUCGAUAAAUCGCAAUAGUGAAGUUUUGUUACAAUUAUUACGAUUAUACUCAUUUCUUAAUAUUUUUAUUUAAAGGUUAUUCAGAAAAUUUUGAUUCAAAUUAUAUGUCUAGGAAACAACUAGGUUAUUGGAUUGCUGUCAAAACAUGACAUAUAUGCGAUAUUUUGACAAUUUCAGCACCAAAAUAGCAUUCUGUGUGCAUGAGCCUUUAUCUAUAUUCAGAAAAAAUAUCCUGGACAAGGUAAAUCCAGUAUAUACAUAGUGUUUAAAAGUUUAUAAACCUACUGAAACUUAAUAAAUUUGUGAUACAUAUUUCUAUAGAACUAUAGUCCGUCUAGAAUGUUUUCGGAAAAAAGAAAACAAAAUUACAAUAAUUAUCGAUAUACAGGGUUGUUCACCACAUACGACACGGAGUAUUGUAGCUAAACGAUGAGAUUUUUACAAAUUGUAAGUUUUGGGUUCGAUGAAGGACUAUUAGAGGUACAAUUUAAAAAUAAUUUUACAAGAUACAGAGUGUCCCAAAUAAGUAAAAAAUAUCAAAGUUGUAUUUUUUUAAAUGGAACACCCUGUAUAUUAUUACAUUUUUAGUUUCUACGAUUAAAAUAAAGGUAAAUUUGAUUAAGGUUUAUUAUACUUAAAUCUUACCGUUUUUGAAAUAUUUUCAAUUUUGUGAAAUUGCAGUAAAAAUUUUAAGGCUUCAUUUCUCCAAGGGCAUCAAAGUUUUUAAUACUAAAUAUUUACUGAAGUUUAUUUACUGAUCAGUAAUUGUGUUGCAAUAAUAAAAAUAAUACUACCUUAUACAGAAUGUCUAAAAAUUUAUUUUAAAUAAUUAUUAGCUUCAAACUGGUGGAGCUGUUCCUAUUCCUAUUCAAAGGUGGAGCUGCUCGUCCGUUUCAAUCAUAGGUUUCAAUCUUCAUUAGUCCCCAUAUGUUUUCAAUGGGACUAAGGUCUGGUGAAGCUGCUGGCUAUGGAAUUGUUGCCAAAUGGUGUUCUUGCUUCCAAGCUUGACUCUAGGCAGAUCUAUAGCAUCUUGCUUGCGGAUUACAGAUGUCUUAGAGUGUUACA